AUGGAUGUGGUGACAACAUUGACAGCUGACAAACCAGUUGUGAUCUUCAGCAAGAGCACUUGUUGCAUGAGCCAUACUGUGAAGGCUCUCAUAUGCGGCUUUGGUGCCAACCCUGCAGUUAUUGAGGUAGACAAAAUGCCUAGAGGACAACAAGUAGAGAGAGCAUUACUCCAACUUGGUUGCAGCCCAAGUGUACCUGCAGUGUUCAUUGGACAACAAUUCAUAGGUGGUGCUGAUGAAAUCAUAAGCCUCAACGUUCAAAACAAGCUUGCCCAAUUGCUUCUCAGGGCUAAAGCUAUAUUCAUCUAG